GGAGCAGCAGCAGCAGCAGCAGCAGCAGCAGCUCUGCAGGUGAAAAACACCUGACAGAUUCAAAGUUCAGAGUUCAGAGUCCAUGUGGACGUGGACGGAGCAGCAGAGGAACCAGGUGAAGACUCGGCUUCACAGAUCCCACCUGUACAGAAAUGUUGGCGUCAGGUUAGAGGAGACUCAGCUUCAGAUUCAAAGAUGGUGGGUGUUUGUGGUUCAUGUCUCUGAAUGACUGAAGUCCAGAAGAUGGAUGAUUGUGUGGAGGAAGAGGAGGAGAGACCAGAGUCUCCAGGAUCCAUCAGUCCGUCUAUGAGGAGUGACUGGUCCAAAGAAAGGAAUCCAGGCUUCAGUAAAGAACCUGGACCCUCAGACACAGAAGGUCGGUACCGCAGUCGGAGGCCAGAGUCUCCAGGAUCCAUCAGUCCGUCUAUGAAGAGUGACUGGUCCAAAGAUCAUCCUCUACACUUCAGUAAAGAACCUGGACCCUCAGACACAGAAGGGAGGAAGAGGAGAGGAGUUGGUGUGGAGGAGCAGCCGUCCAGUCAGAGCAGAACUGUACCAGCAGAUGCCGGUCUGCAGGAGGUCCUAGAUGAACACAAGACCAGUCUGAGGAGCAGAUGUGAACAUGUGACUGAAGGAACUGAUGAACCAGGAAGUAGAACCCCCCUCAACAGGAUCUACACGGAGCUCUUCAUCACAGAGGGACUGAGUGAAGAGGUUGAUACCCGACAUGAGGUGAGGCAGCUGGAGACAGCUUCCAGGAGGAAGAGCCGCCAUGACGCUCCAAUCAGGUGCCAGGACAUCUUUAAAGCCUUACCUGGCCAACGUGGAGCCAUCAGAGUGGUUCUGACCAACGGCGUCGCUGGCGCUGGGAAAACCUUCUCGGUUCAGAAGUUCUCUCUGGACUGGGCCGAGGGCUGGGAGAACCAAGACGUCACCGUGGUGAUUCUGCUCUCGUUCAGGGAGCUGCACCUGAUCGGAGAUGAGCAGCUCAGUCUUCUCAGGCUGAUCCGGGUUUUCCAUCCAUCGUUCCAGAAGCUCACAGCAGAGCAGCUGGCUGCCGGGAAACCGUUGUUCAUCUUUGACGGCCUGGAUGAAAGCAGACGUUCCCUGGACUUCAACAACGGUCCGGUGGUGUCUGACGUCACACAGAGCUCAUCGGUCAACGUGCUGCUGACCAACCUCAUCCAGGGGAACCUGCUUCCCUCAGCUCUCAUCUGGAUCACUUCCAGACCUGCAGCAGCCAAUCAGAUCCCUCACAAACACGUGGACAGGCUGACAGAAGUACGAGGCUUCACCGACGGCCAGAAGGAGGAAUACUUCAGGAGGAGGUUCGGGGAUGAAGAGCGGUCCAGCAGCAUCGUCUCCCACAUGAAGACAUCCAGAACCCUCCACAUCAUGUGUCAACUCCCGGUCUUCUGCUGGAUCACUGCUACAGUUCUGGACCACAUGUUGACCACAGAGCAGAGAGGAGAGCUGCCCAAGACCCUGACUGACAUGUUCUCCCACUUCCUGCUGGUCCAGACCAAGAGGAAGAGGAACAAGUACCAGGAGGGACGUGAGACGAGUCCACAGGAGCUGACGGAGGCCGACAGGGACCUUCUCCUGAAGCUGGGGAGGCUGGCGUUUCAACAUCUGGAGAAAGGAAACAUCAUGUUCUACCAAGAAGACCUGGAGCAGUGUGGUCUUGAUGUCCCAGAGGCCUCGGUGUACUCAGGAGUUUGUACCCAGAUCUUCAGGAGAGAGUGUGAGGUCUUCCAGAAACCCGUCUACUGCUUUGUUCAUCUGAGCAUCCAGGAGUUCCUGGCUGCAGUCUACGUGCUCCACUGUUGGUCCACCAGGAACAUGGAUGUGCUGAAGAACUUCCUGGGAGAAGACUACAGUUACUCAUCUCUGGAUGACUUCCUGAACAGAGUCAUGGAGAAAUCCCUGGAGAGUAAAAAUGGCCACCUGGACCUGUUUGUCCGCUUCCUUCAUGGUCUUUCUGUGGAGUCCAACCAGAGACUGUUAGGAGUUCUGCUGAACCAGACGGAGAACGAUCCAGGAACCAUCCAGAGAGUCAUCAACAACCUGAAGGAGAUGAGCACUGACAGAAUGUCUCCUGACAGAAGCAUCAACAUGUUCCAGUGUCUGGUGGAGAUGAACGACCUCUCAGUUCAUCAGCAGAUCCAAGAGUUCCUGAAGUCAGAGAACAGAUCAGAGCAGGAACUCUCUGGGAUCCAGUGUUCAGCUCUGGCCUACAUGCUGCAGAUGUCGGAGGAGGUUCUGGAUGAGUUGGACAUGAGCAAGUACAAGACAACAACACCAUGGGGUGGACGGAGACUGAUUCCAGCUGUGAGGAACUGCAGAAAGGCUCGAUUUGUUGGUUGUGUUCUCUCAGAGACUCACUGUGAAGUUGUUGCGUCCGCUCUGAAGUCCAACCCCUCCCAUCUGACACAACUGGACCUGAGUAAGAACCAGCACCUGAAGGAUUCAGGAGUGAAGGUUCUGUCUGGUGGACUGGAGAGUCCAAACUGUAGACUGGACACUCUGAGAUUGCAGAGUUGCAGGUUGUCAGAGAUCAGCUGUUCUUCUCUGGUCUCAUCUCUGAAGUCCAACCCCUCCCACCUGAAACAUCUGGACCUGAGUCUGAACUACCUGCAGGAUUCAGGAGUGAAACAUCUGUGUGGUUUCUUGGAGAGUCCAGACUGCAGACUGGAGACUCUGAGGUUGGAGGGCUGCGUGUUGUCAGAGAUCAGCUGUUCUUCUCUGGUCUCAGCUCUGAAGUCCAACCCCUCCCACCUGAAACACCUGAAACAUCUGAAACAUCUGGACCUGAGCUGGAACCAGCUGCAGGAUUCAGGAGUGAAACAUCUGUGUGGUUUCCUGGAGAGUCCAGACUGCAGACUGGAGACUCUGAGCUUGCAGUGCUGCGGUCUGUCAGGGAUCAGCUGUUCUUCUCUGGUCUCAGCUCUGAAGUCCAACCCCUCCCACCUGAAACAUCUGGACCUGAGUAACAACUACCAGCUGCAGGCUGCAGAUGUGGAACAGCUGUCUGGUCUGGUGGAGAGUCCAGACUACCAGCUGCAGACUCUCAGGUGGGAGCGCUGCAGUUUGUCAGAGAUCAGAUGUGAUGAUAUGGUCUCAGUUCUGGAGUCCAACCCGUCUGAUCUGGAACAUCUGGACCUGAGUAAGAAGAAGCUGCAGGAUUCAGAUGUGAAGCAGCUGUGUUGUUUCCUGGAGAGUCCAGACUGCAGACUGGAGACUCUGAGGUUGGAGUGGUGCUGGAUGUCAGAGAUCAGCUGUUCUUCUCUGGUCUCAGUUCUGAAGUCCAACCCCUCCCACCUGAAACAUCUGAAACAUCUGGACCUGAGCUGGAACCACCUGCAGGAUUCAGGAGUGAAACAUCUGUGUGGUUUCCUGGAGAGUCCAGACUGCAGACUGGAGACUCUGAGGUUGGAGGGCUGCGUGUUGUCAGAGAUCAGCUGUUCUUCUCUGGUCUCAGCUCCGAAGUCCAACCCCUCCCACCUGAAACACCUGAAACAUCUGAAACAUCUGGACCUGAGCUGGAACCAGCUGCAGGAUUCAGGAGUGAAACAUCUGUGUGGUUUCCUGGAGAGUCCAGACUGCAGACUGGAGACUCUGAGCUUGCAGUGCUGCGGUCUGUCAGGGAUCAGCUGUUCUUCUCUGGUCUCAGUUCUGAAGUCCAACCCCUCCCACCUGAAACAUCUGGACCUGAGAUUCAACUACAAGCUGCAGGCUGCAGAUGUGGAGCAGCUGUCUGGUCUGCUGCAGAGUCCACACUACCAGCUGCAGACUCUCAGGUGGGAGCGCUGCAGUUUGUCAGAGAUCAGAUGUGAUGAUCUGGUCUCAGUUCUGGAGUCCAACCCGUCUGAUCUGGAACAUCUGGACCUGAGUGAGAACCACCUGCAGGAUUCAGAUGUGAAGCAGCUGUGUGGUUUCCUGGGUGGUCCAGACUGCAGACUGGAGACUCUGAGGUUGGAGGAAUGCAGGAUGUCAGAGAUCAGCUGUUCUUCUCUGGUCUCAGUUCUGAAGUCCAACCCCUCCCACCUGAAACAUCUGAAACAUCUGGACCUGAGCAGCAACUACCUGCAGGAUUCAGGAGUGAAACAUCUGUGUGGUUUCCUGGAGAGUCCAGACUGCAGACUGGAGACUCUGAGGUUGGAGCGCUGCUGGUUGUCAGGUAUCAGCUGUUCUUCUCUGGUCUCAGCUCUGAAGUCCAACCCCUCCCACCUGAAGCAUCUGGACCUGAGGAAGAACGUCCUGGAUGCUGCAGGUGUGCAGCAGCUGUCUGCUCUGCUGCAGAGUCCACACUACCAGCUGCAGACUCUCAGAUUAAAAUGAACCAAACAGACGACGGUGAAGCAGGUGGCUCCACCAACCUCCACCUCUCCCCUCGUCAAAAACCCUCGUCUAAAAAAGGGUGCAUAUUGAUGUAAUGCCCCCCUAGUGGGGCGUGGAGGUACUGCAGGGGGGGUGCCCCCCUAGUGGGGCGUGGAGGUACUGCAGGGGGGGUGUGCCCCCCUAGUGGGGCGUGGAGGUACUGCAGGGGGGGCGGAAGACGGAGCGGAGCUGGAAACCAGACGGCUGCAUUGGGAUCGGGUCCCGCCGGGUCAAUGCAGGAUUGGGAUGGAGUCUAGCGACAAGUGGAGAUCAAUGACGGGGAAAAUAAACCUCAAAGAAGAUCUUUACAAAACAAAGGAGAGGAAAGUCAGAUAUUUGGAGAAUAUCAAGAGACAACAGCUGGUUUGAGAAGAUCUGCAAGGGAAACAAGCACACACAAGUCACUGAUAGAGUGUGGAAUAGGAACGGAAUAGUCAUGUGAUUAUUUACAACCUGCAGUACAAAUAGGAGUUCAUGUCUAUUAAUAUAUGUUCAUAAAAUUAAUACUCAGGGAAGAAGGCCUAGUUUCAAUUAAUACUUAUUAUUGUUAGUAUCAUAAUUGUUGGUUGGUAUUUGUAUUGAAAAGUGCUAUACAAAUAAAGUUAUAUUAUUAUUGUUA